UUUAUUUUAAUAAGAAGAGACAUGUAAUCUUAAGUAUAACCUUCAGACUGACUUAGUUAAUAUUCGUUCAUAAUAUAUGUUUCCUUGGUCCCCUUACUUUUCACACUCAAGUUCACACAAAGAUGCCUCAAGUUAUUUUAUUGUUCAGUGGCAAAAGAAAGUCAGGAAAGGAUUUUUUGACAGAUCACUUGCAGAAAAUAUUGCUAGACAAAUGUGAAAUCAUCAAAAUAUCUAAGCCCAUUAAAAGUCACUGGGCUAAAGUAAAAGGCCUUAAUUUAGAUGAAUUAUUGAGUGACGGUAAAUACAAGGAGCAGUACCGUUUGGAUAUGAUACAAUGGAGUGAGGAGAUGAGAUUUAAAGAUUAUGGAUGCUUCUGUCAUUCUGCAUGUCAAAAUGCGGUGGAUAAACCUGUAUGGAUUGUUAGUGAUAUUAGACGAAAAACUGACAUUCAGUGGUUCAAGGAAAAUUACAGUGAUGUUAUAAGAAAUAUCCGAAUUACCGCUGAUGAUGAUACAAGAAAGGCCAGAGGAUAUAAUUUCCAAUUAGGCGUUGAUGAUGUUGCUUCUGAAUGUGAUUUAGAUGAUUAUAAUGAUUGGGAUCUUAUUAUAAACAAUGGUAAAAAUGGACAAAGUUUAGAAGAACAAAUAAGUGCAAUUUUAACAUUGAUACAACAUGUGGUGUAAAUUGUAAGAGACUAGCUUUUACCCGCGACUCCGUCCGCGCGGAAUA